AUGGAGUCCCUCUCGACUUUCGUUUAUUUCCACCUCGACAUGGACGUGCCUCAUACAUUUCGCAUCCUGGAUCUUCACCCUGGGCAGCGCGACGAUCCUUUACGCUGUACCCUGCACCAUGUGCGCCGGGAAGGGGAGUCCCAGUGCAAAUAUGCAGGCCUCUCAUAUGCUUGGGGUGACCCAAGCGUCACGAGCGACAUCAUCGUGAACAACGCGAAGCACACCAUCACCAGAAAUCUGGAGAUAGCCCUUCGCGGCCUCAGGGACAGCAGCGCCACGCUCACGCUAUGGGUAGACGCCAUUUGCAUUAAUCAGAUGUAUAUACCCGAGAAGAACGACCAGGUGCGGCACAUGCAAGCCAUCUACGCAAAUGCUGACAAGGUCAUUCUCUGGCUAGGGGAGGCUUCCAGCGACAGCGACAGAGCCAUUGUAUUCCUCAAGCAUGUCUGUGCUCGACUAGAGCAAGCCGGUAUCGUUCCCAUGGAGAGUCUGGACCCCCAGCUUUACGUGGAAAAAGAUUUCCUGCGCGGCCUCGGCGAUUAUCUGGAGCCGACUUUCAACGACGACUGGGAAGCCGUGGCGCAACUGUUCAUGCGGCCCUGGUGGACUCGAGCCUGGAUCGUCCAGGAGUUGGUCGCUGCCUGGACGGCCGAGUUCCGUUGCGGAAGCAUGACGAUAUCGUGGCCCGUCGUGGCGCUCAGUAUCUCGCUGCUGGCACACUGCAAGAUGCCAAUCACACAGUUCCCUCACCCUCUCCGCGUGUCGUGCGCAAGGGACCGAGCAUGGAGCAUGCUCUACAUCAAGUACGACUUUGCAGUCAAGGGUUCCGUCGACUUCCUCCGCCUCCUCGACCAUCGACGUCGAAACUGUGCCGAUCUUCGAGACAAGAUCUACUCUCUGCUGGGAAUGACCAAUGAGUUCACGAGAGCGAGGCUGAAGCCCGACUAUUCUGCGCCCGUCGCUGACGUCUUCGCUGCCGCUCUGGCCUGUGACAUUGACGAGCAUCAGGACCUAGAGGUCCUAAGCUUCGUAGACCACCUCGACAACCCGAGGGAGUACCCCUCGUGGGUUGCUGACCUAGCCAGGGGCCCAGAGACAUGGAGGUUUUACAAGUACUGGCCACCUCCUCCCACAUUUAAAUGGACACCCGCCUCUCCCAUUUCCUUCUCGGACGAUUUGCGGACCCUUUAUGUCAAUGGGUACGAAAUUGACACUCUGCAGGAUGCCAAGGUACAGGAUACCGACGAACCAUUGCAGCGACGCACCACUCAGAGCGGCAGAGACUUGGAAUGGACCUGGGACUUGGAGCACAUCGUCGACGACUUGGCCUCGAGCGGACGGCUGCAGACUGCUCGAGCAAUUCCCGAUCCGGCCACACCAGAAGCUUUGCGUCGCUCUGUGCAGAGGAUUGUUUAUGAGACACUGAUAGCCGGGCAAUUGAGCACCAGCAGCGGCUGGAUCCGACAUCAGGUUCGGUAUGCAGACGACGAGAUCAACCCCAGCGAGCCGCCCUUGUCGCCGUCGAGUUCCGGCGCUGCCCCUACCCCCUCGGCGCCCAAGUUGUUGUCCGUCGAGUCCCGCCAUAUUGGCCUAGCUCCGUCGGGCAACACGGUCGGUGCGGCAUGCAAAGCUGAGCAGCCAGUGAAAGAGGCCCUCGCAGGCAGACCGCUAGACGAGGUUAAUAUCCUGAAGCAGGCCUGCAGCCAAACGCUGGGCCGCAGUCUGCUGCUGUCCAAGGCUAGGUUUCUUGGCCUCGGCCCCGUCAUUUCACAGCCGGGAGACGCCAUCUUUGUUCUUUUUGGACUACGCGAAGCCGCGGUCUUGCGCCCGCGCGAGGACGGAUCUUACAUGUUUGUGGGCACAGCUUAUUUCCAUGGUUUUAUGGAAGGAGGGAAUCUAAAGGAUUUUGAGCUAGGCAAGUUAUCCAAGAAAAGACUGGCGAUACGAUGA